AUGAGCAGUUUUGUAGCAGCAAAUUGGAAUGGGGUUGCUGAUCCAGAGUUGUUCUACCAUGAUGAAGGCUAUUAUGUGAUUAAGUUCCAAUAUUUUCCAUUGGAGACACCGCUUUGGGUCACGUUUCCAAAAUUACCUAUGCAAUAUUGGCAUGGAGAAUCGUUGAGUAGAAUUGCUAGUCACAUUGGGACCCCAAUCGUUGCGGAUGAAUGCACUUCGAAGAAAACUAGGAUCUCAUAUGCUAGAAUGCUUAUUGAGGUUAAUGUGACCAAACCUUUGCCGGAGGUGAUCAGUAUUAUGGAUCCUGAUGGGUCAAAACUCAUCCAAGAAGUUGAAUACGAUUGGAAACCUGAGUUCUGCCCUGCAUGCUUGGUAGCUGGGCAUAAAUCUCCUCCUCAAAUGGCUCCUCCUAGAACUGAAGUGCAGCAAUUACAGAAGGUGAGAAGGAAUCGUGGACCAAGAAAGGAUCCAGCAACUACUCAGCAACCUACUUAUACAAUUCAACAGCAGGCCCAAAAACAGUCAAAUGGUGAAGUGAUAGAUGGAGGACAAACAACAGCACCCUCAAAUUCACUUAACUUUGCAAAAUUUCCUGUGUUGGGUAAGACUCCUGUUACUACUAAGAAUGCAGCCGAGAAACAAACAAGUGGAAAUUGCUUGAAUAAUUACCAGCAUGCAGCAAAUGGUAGGGCAUGGUUCAUCUGGGACGCCCAAUGGUAUGAUGUAACACUGGUGGAAAUGGAGGCUCAAUUCCUGCAUUGUAUGGUGAAGGGGAAAACUGAUGGGUUUGAAGCCGUAGUUACUGUUGUUUAUGGAUUUAAUGGGUUAGAUCAAAGGAAAGCACUAUGGCUUGGCCUGCAAAGAAUUGGCCUGACUGUGAGUAAGCCUUGGUUAGUAUGGGGUGAUUUUAAUGCUGCACUGUCUCCAAUUGAUAGGCUAAUGGGGAAUCCUGUCAUUCAGAAUGAAAUGCAGGACUUUUCUGAUUGUAUCCACAACCUAUCACUUAAUGAACUAUCCUGGAAAGGGGAAUUCUAUACUUGGACUAACAAACAGUCGGGGAAAGAUAAGAUAUAG